UCUUUAACACCUUAUGUUUUUCUAACAUGUUGUACUAUUUGAAUGUAAAAUUUUGACCUUUGUUAAAACAGCCAUCAGUUAUUCUCAAACAGUUAACAGUUAGUUGUGCCAUGUAUGGCUGACCCAUCAAGCUUCAAAGACCAAUUCCCACCAAUUGCCCUACCUUUACAACCUCUUGACCCUCAAGAGCCUCAGCCUGCUAUUACUAGUAUUACUCCUACCCUCCAGGUGCAGGUGCAGCCACACGAUCAGCAGUCUUCAAAAUCUGCACCGGACAUCAUAUCACCCGGACCCAUUCGGUCUCCGGGGAAGUCCCCGAGGUCGCCUGGGACCUCCCGGAGGCAUCCCAAGUAUAAGGGAAUCAGGAGCAGGAGCGGCAAAUGGGUGUCCGAGAUACGCGAGCCUCGGAAGACUACUCGUAUAUGGCUGGGAACCUACCCCAGCCCUGAGAUGGCUGCCGCUGCAUACGAUGUGGCAGCAAUUGCCCUUAAAGGUCCUGAAUCAUCACUACCACUGAACUUCCCGGAUAUGCAUCUUUCAUACCCAGUACCGGUUUCUACCUCUGCGAGCGAUAUACGAGCUGCGGCGGCUAGUGCGGCAGCGCUGAAGCAGCCAAAGCCCGAACAUGAAAUGGGUGUCAAGCUGGAUCGAGGAGAAGAGGCGGGCUCAAGUACGGGUGAUGAUACCAUUACAGCUGGUCUUGGAGAGGAGCAGUCCAAGAAAGAAUUUGUUGAUGAGGAGGAGCUUCUGAAUAUGCCAAAGUUGUUGGUGGAUAUGGCGGGAGCAAUGAUGGUGAGCCCGCCGAGAAUACACUCGCCGCCUUCCGAUGAUUCACCGGAGAAUUCAGAUGUAGAAACCUUAUGGAGUUAUCCCUAAAAGCAUUACAUAGAUAGUCAUGAGCUUGCUAAAGGUGUACUUAUUCGCUCUUCCUUUUUCUAUCUUUGGCUCGAGCUAGGGAUUUUGCACCUACAGAAUUGUGGGGAAAUUUGGGUUAGUUAAUUCAAGUUUUUCAUCUGAUUGAUGUCAACCGAUGUUAAGAUCAUCGUCUAGCUAGGCCAAUUAAUUGUAGUGGGUAAGGAAGAAAAUGCUCUGAAGUUUCUUCUUUUUCUGUAAAGUUUUGCCUGCCAAGAGCAAGGGUUUAAUAGUUUAAGCAUUGAAAUUUCUU